AUGGACCCAGAAGAAUACUUGAAGCCAGAUUUCGACGUGUCGAAGUUGACCAUUCCGAAAUUAAGGUCAAUAUUGAUUGAUCAAAAGGUUAAGUAUUCAUCUUCGGCAAAUAAGAGUAAACUUGUUGAGCUGUUUAACGAGGAAGUAAAACCGAAAGCUCCUCAAUUGUUGGAGCAGUAUAAGAAGGCAGGUGUUGCCAAUCCAAACGGAAUCAUUUUUAUGUACUCUCCUGAGGAGAAAAAAACAGAGAAAACAGAGGUUAAAAAGGCAGAAAAAGGAGAACAUGAUAAAGUAUCAACAAUAACGACUAGUAUUGAGUCAAAUGAAGAAGGCAAAAAAGGCGAUGUUGAUGAAACGUCAUUUUCGAAAGAAAAUGUUUUUCAAGGAGCUUCAACGUCGAAUUCCCCAAGUGUGGGUCUAAUAAAAUCGCCUAGAAGAUCGCAAAAGGAGAAUAGUAAGAAAUCACCUAUAUCUACUCCCAAAAAAAACGAUAAGGUUAUUCCCCGAAAGAGGUCCUCGCCGGUUGAUGAUGAAGAAAGUAGAAGGACUGUUAAGAAAAAGAUUCUUAGAAGGGGAGCACAGGGAGUGAAUGACUCGCUUAACUCUGAUAGCUCUGUUUCGGCAACGGCUUCUCCUAUUGAUAGGUCUACGCUCAGCUUUGAAAAGUUUGAGAAUGUAAAUCUUGACAGUUUGAUGGAACAGUUUCAAAAGAAUCCGACUGGAAUUGAGAGUCCGGGUUUAAAGAAAACGUCCGAUAGUGUGAAUAUUUUAGAUCAUUAUAAAAAAUCUCUUCCGGGUGGCAAGGUUAUGAAAAAGCAAGGUUCAACUGCUAAGCGUUUGCAGAAGAAGUUGAAAACAAUCAGCGCAAAGGAACAAGGUAAAGAAAAUAAGAUUCCGAAAUCCCCCGCUGAGAAAGACAAUUCUGUUGCAGAUCAUUCGGGUCCGAUUUUGUACUCACCGACCUCAACACAGAAGGAUAUUGAUGUUAGUGUAGCCUCUAUUCAAAGCAGCAAUACAUUUUUAUCGGCAAACAGCACUGGAAAUGGUUCUCCUACUUCUAUAAAAGCUUUUGGUCAUGGAGUGCAGUCAAAUAUAGAGAUAAUUAGCGGACCUAAAAGAAAAAUUUCUAGGAUCAGUUUUCAGGAUGAUGAGGAGACAAUAAAAUCGGAUGGAUCAGACAUCGAUGCUGAGUUCAAGAUUGAGAAAGCUUUGGAUGUCAAUUCGGAUGAUGUUGAUGGAACAACUGAUAUUGAAAUAGAGUCAGGUAAUGAAGAUGAUGCAAAUGGGAUAUUAUCUGAUGAGCCAAAGGAGAACCCAAAGAAGGAUAUUCAGCUUAAAAAAUCUACUGUUGAAGAAUCAAGCUUCCUCGUUCGUUUGGCCAUAUUCAUUUCAAAAGCUUUUCUAUUUCUUGCGCUUGUUGUUAUACUGGUACUUUUUGGAUAUUACAGAGAUAUGAAGCUUAAGGUUGGUUAUUGUAAUAUUGCAAAUAAUGAUUUGCAUACACCAUCAUCAUGGUCUGCGAUUCCAGAAUCUUUCCACUCCGAAUUGGAACCUUUACAUCCAUAUUUGAAUAGAAUGGACACUUUGUUGUCUGAACAUGUCACACCAAGUUGUGCAAUUUGUCCGAAUCACGCCUCAUGCUAUCAGAACUCUCGAAUGAUCUGUGAUCAUGAUUACACAGUCCAUUACCCUCUGAAGUCUCUGUUUGGUCUCAUUCCAAACCAGGAGACCUGUGUGUUUGAUGAGCAUGCUGAACAAAAAAGGCUUCUUUUAAUGAAAUACACAUUGAAUCUUUUAAGAAGUAGGCAGGAUAGGCCUUUGUCUUUGGAUGAGCUCUACAUGUACUUAAAGACAACAAAGGCUAGUACGAUCUCCGAUAAGGAUUUCGAUAAAUACUGGGACAGAUUCGUCGAUAAUGAACUUGCAACGGAGCCUGAACUUGUGUUGGAUCUAAAAACGAAAACAAUAUCUAUUCAGCACAAAACGCCUAUCAAUUUUUUUACAAGAAAGCCUGGCGAUAGAAGAUCUAGAAAGUUUUUGGUCCCCACAGCAUCUGCAAAUACCCAAGCCGAAAAGAAGGAUGUUGAAGCAUAA